AAAUUCCAAGAUGAACCAAUUUGUUAUUGAAGCUGUUAUCUAAACCUUUUAACUAUAAGGGACUAAAGGAAAUGCCUUAACGGUAUAUUUAUACCGUAAAUUAAAUGUUUUUGCUGUGGUUGGACUAUGUGAUUGGUUUUCAUUAAAGGAAUGAGUUUUGGGAGGCACAAGAAAGAGUGUUUAGUGGCGAACCGUAGUUAUUGUAUGCGGAAUAUCUGUGGGCAUGACAGAGCAGUUUGACUAAACUGUUGUGUACCACUGUCGUAUGUGAAUUCUAAAAAUGUCCACGAUAACGAAAAGUUCAAAUAAUUUAUAUACGUAACUGUAGUAUUUGACAUUUAAAAAACUAAUUUAUUGAGUUCAAAAAUGAGUAGUUCUUCUCUUCCCUUUUCGUCACUUAAGUAGACAAAAUUUUCAGAAUUAAAUUAAAUUAAAUAAAAAAAAUUCAGACAAUUUGCUCAAAAUGUUUAACGGGUUUUGCAGUGCUCUUAGAACAACAAUUCUAAAUGUGCUUUUGCCUCGACGCAAUGCUUUGCUGUACAUGAUACGUCGCAAUAGGAACUUUGCCAAUAUUGAUUCACCCGUGAGAAAACUUGUAGCAGCUAGCCCACCAUCGACUCUCCUCGCCAGGAAUUUCACACAUUUGUUAGUGCCACUCGAGUUCGUUAAUCGGAAUUUGUCAUCGCUACAACUGAGAAUGCUGCAUAACGACAUGAAGGUACCGGAUUUCACAGACUAUCGUCGACAAACGGAUAAUCGGGAUGACCCAAAGGAUAAUUGUGCUGAACAGCGAAAAAGCUUUUCAUAUGCCAUCGUUGCAGCCGGCGCUAUCGGCAGUUGCUAUGCAGCCAAAGGUUUGGUACACGCCUUCAUACGCUCAAUGAGCGCAACCGCCGAUGUAUUGGCUAUGGCCACGAUUGAGAUCAAAUUGAAAGAUAUACCCGAAGGCAAAUCAGUGACAUUCAAGUGGCGUGGUAAACCGUUAUUCAUACGACAUCGCACGGAAGCUGAAAUCGAAGGUGUGCGUUCGGUAAAUAUAUCGACUUUACGCGAUCCAGAAUCGGAUGACAAACGGGUCAAGGAUCCGCGUUGGCUGGUAGUAAUCGGUGUCUGCACACAUUUGGGUUGUGUGCCAAUUGCCAAUGCCGGUGAUUUCGGCGGUUACUACUGCCCAUGUCAUGGCUCGCAUUUCGAUGCGUCGGGCCGUGUACGUAAAGGACCGGCCCCACUCAAUUUAGCCGUACCCAAUUAUGAAUUUCCCGAUGAAGAAACAUUACUUGUAGGUUGAUGCGCAAAAGCGUGGGAGAUGGGAAAAUUAGAAAUAAUAUUGAAAACGCUACAUAUCAAUGAAAGUAAAAUAGAUAUAAUUUUAUGGACUUGAAUACCCAAUAAAAUGGUUGAGAAGUA